UGGCUUCGCGUGCGGUCAUAUAGCUUAAAUAUUGGUUUAAUUUUCCUUUGGUAGGUUUAACGAAAUAUCAAUCUUCAUUAAACUGGUGAGGGGGAAAAUAGUAAAGAACUGAUAUUCCGAAAACACUAUUGUGUUAAAAUGAUAGCGUUUUGGUUAGAUGACGAACUCAGCUUUUUAUUUCAGAAAUUGUACUGAGGCCCUAAACACUAUUUCUCUUUUAUUUACAAUAUUUACAAAGUAUAUCUAUAUUUACGUUCAGUGUUCCUGGACAAAUAGUCUUAGAUUACUUCGAUAAGAAUCAGCUGAUAAUAUUGAGAACUUAGUUUAAAAACUAUUCGAAAAUAGCACUUAUUGGCAUGUAACUAUUGUCCUGGUAAUUGUGAAUUCACUUACAAGUUUAUAUGUAUAGGAAAAUUGUUUUCAUUUUAAGAGCCAUUAAAUGAUGCAUUCCUUUGGAAAUAACUCUUUUUCUAAGUUCACUUGCAUCGGAAUGGUCUAUACUUGUGAAUAGUUACACGGGUAGUCUACACACAUUAAGGCUGAGGAUAAGAGAUAAUACAGUGAGAAGCUUUUAGUUAGCUGAGACGAUACAACUUAGUGAAAACCUUUACACCAUGCUCACAACGGGUGUGACUGUCUUGAUAUUUGUUUUUGCUGUAUUCCAGCAGCUACAAUGUGAGCCUCGCCAGCAACCCUCUCGGGUUGUACAUACAAAGUAUGGUUCCGUAAGGGGUGUUAUUCGGACACUAUCAAACCGUCGACUUCAGUCUGUAGAUGUCUUCCUAGGUGUUCCAUUUGCUAGUCCACCUAUUGGGUCGUUACGUUUCAUGCCUCCCGUAACUCUUCCCAGGUGGAAAAAAGUCAGGAUGGCUGACAAACUAGCACCUGUUUGUCCACAGGUGUUUCCAGAUAUCCAGAAUGAAACCGAAGCUUUACAAAGAAUGCCUGCUGGAAGACUAGCAUAUCUUCGACGGCUACGUCCUUAUUUACAGAACUACAGUGAAGAUUGUCUCUACCUGAAUAUCUAUGCUCCUGCAAGAGUUGCUAGGGAACCUGUGAAACUGCCUGUGAUGGUUUACAUUCAUGGUGAAUCUUACUUCUGGAACUCCGGGAAUCCUUACGAUGGAAGUGUCCUCGCUAGUUAUGGCAACGUUGUUGUUGUUACCAUCAACUUCAGACUGGGUGUAUUAGGUUUCUUCCCGGCGACGGAAGGCUCCGCCAGAGGAAACUACGGCCUCAUGGACCAAGUAGCAGCUCUACAUUGGAUACAAGAGAACAUACAUGAAUUUGGUGGAGAUUCUCAUAAUGUAACGAUAUUCGGUCAUGGCCACGGAGCCGCCUGUGCAAAUAUCCUUAUGAUAACUCCCAUGGCUAAAGAUCUUUUUCAUCGCGUCAUCCUACAAAGUGGGUCGGUCUUCAGUCCAUGGGCUAUCGCAAAAGACUCGUUAUUUUAUGCCCGUCAACUGGCUGAAAGAUUGAAUUGUCCUACGAGUAUCGACACUUCCACUAUUGAAUGUUUACGUCAUCGUUCACUUCAAGACAUAUUAGAUGUCAAAAUAGAAAUCCCAGAUUAUCUAACUACAUUUGGACCAACAAUAGAUGGUAUUUCUCUCCAAAAUGACCCAGAAUAUCAAAUGGAAGAAAACAGCGAUAUAAACCGUCAGUAUGAUCUCCUCUUUGGAGUCACUCGAGCAGAAUCUUAUUUUCAGUUUUCGGCUAAAGAAGAAAAGGUUGGCAUUGAUACAGAAAGGCGUAACAGAAUUUUACGUACUCUAGUUAGAAAUAUGUUUAAUUAUCAUCAGCAAGAAAUCUACCUUACAAUUAUCAACGAAUACACUGAUUGGAGUCGACCUAAUCACUUUCACCCUGUUAACCUAUUCGAGAAAACCGUAGACGCUCUUGGAGAUGGCUUGGUUGUGGCCCCACUAGUAAAAUUAGGUAACUUACAGGCUCGUGUCCAGAAAAAUACCUAUUUCUAUGUCUUUAACUACCAAUCAGAGGACGGAGAUUACCUGCCCACGAUUGGCUGUAUCCAUGGUGAGGAUCUUCCAUACAUCUUUGGUGCUCCUUUGGUAGAAUCGCUUGCACACUUUCAAUCAAACUAUACUCGGUCGGAGGAGUCUCUUUCUGAAGCUGUUGUUACUCACUGGACGAAUUUUGCUCGAACAGGAAAUCCAAAUUCGACGGAAUACAAAAACUAUGACGAUAAACACAGCCGAAGACUCAGCCGUUUCGAUUGGCAUAGCUACGACUUCCCCUACCAGAAACACACAAUAAUAGGAAUGAAGCCUCGAGUAAAGGACCACUAUCAUGCUCACCAACUGUCAUUUUGGUUAAAUCUGCUCCCAGCAUUAAAUAGAACAAGUUCUGAAGAUAUUAAUUUCGAGCACCAUAGGCUCCAUGAUUACAAUAACCAUUUAUCUUACGAUGGAAUCAUUCGUGGUCAUAAUUCCUAUUCCAGUCAAGUUCUCACUACCGUCUACUCGACCAAAGAAGAUAAUAUUCCCACGGAUAUCAAUGAAAAUAGUUCGGGUUUCGAGGUCAAGUCGAACAUGGAAGUAACUUCUCGAUCUGUAGUGGAGAAUAACGUGAUCGUCACUAGCUCAACAAAUAACACAGAAUCACAAAAUGUCGUGUAUCAAGAAGGAAUAUACUCCACAACACUCAGCGUGACCAUCGCUGUAGGGUGCUCGCUUUUAAUCUUGAAUGUUUUAAUCUUUGCUGGGGUUUAUUAUCAGAAGGACAAAAAGCGAGAUUUCAAGGUGGACAAAAGAAUAUACGAGCAACCAGAAUGCGGUGAUGAUGACCCAUUGCCAAAAUUAAACCAAAUGAAAAUGGAACUAAUGCAUACCAGAGCCCAUUCUUCCACCAUACCGUCCACUCAUCCGCAAGAACUGUGUUUUCAACUCCCCCUUUCUUCUAUACCUGUCCAUACUGUUCCCUAUUCCACCGACCAAGAGAAAACUCCUCCUCCAGAAGGCCAGCCGCUCUUGUCACAUAGCUUUCGAGGACCAACGACUGUUCGAGCUAGCCAGGAGAUGAGGGUUCAUUUUCAGGAAAGACCUGGCGAGACAUCAGUUUAACAGUGUCAAGAAAGACAGAAUCCUAAUUAAAAAUCAGUUUAAAAUACAUUUCUAAACAGCAAGUCCUUUCUUACCUUGUCAGCUACUUAAACCAGCUUGUCAGCUUCAGUUCGCCGAAAUAUCACGCUAAAAUGUGGAGUUUCUAUUCAAAGUCCUCGACAACAAAACGUUGUAUUAAAUGUUGUCAUACACAAUGACGACUGUUCUUCGUGGAGCAACACAAUUUCUUUACCUAUUACCAAGUCUGUGAUACAAUUAUGUGUUCGUUUUGAAAAUUUGGUUUACAGGUGAAAUAUAACGUAUUCAGUCUUAAAAACAACUAACUUAAACUGCAAACACUUUGUUUUUGCUCAAAACCAGUUAUUGUUAUCUUAACUCACAAUGAAGAUUGUUAGAGCUUUGAAGAAGAAUGUAAACAAAAAGUAAUUCAAUAGUUUACUGAAAAGCAGGAAAAUACUGAUUCCCUUUUUCAUUUCAAUAUAAUCAUACAAAAGAUAGAAUUGUGUGCUCGAAUAAUUGUGUUUGUCAAAGUCACCUUUUUCUUGAAAUUUAAUAAAACAGAUAAUUUAUUGUA